UCUCACUUUCGCUCUCCUUUUCGACGGAUUGCCUUGCGUUUGCUGGAUUUCGCUUCUCCCGCCGAGAUACUCUCAAGGUCCACACUCUCGCCAUGGCCGACACAGCUGAUGUGAGCUACCCUGAAACCAACGGUGACAGCGUCGCAAAUGAGAUUAAACAGGAACCCGUCGUGGACUCGGAACCCAUCGUGAAGUCAGAACCCACCGUGGACUCGGAGCUCAUCGUGAAGUCAGAACCUGUCGUGGAUCCGGAACCCGUCGUGGACCCAGAACCCGUCGUGAAGGCAGAACCCAUCGUGGACAAGGUCAAGGUUGAGGUUGACGAGACCGCAAACGAAAUCCACGAUUUGAAAAACUCCAAGGUUACGCCCGCGACCACCAGUGCGACUGGCCAACCUCUGACCCCCUAUCACUCCUUGUUGUAUAGCCUUCUCAGCUGGGAACAGCCUCGAGCCACUGCCGUCUCCUACUUCAGCAUCGUUGCCUUCAUCGUUGCCGCUCGUUUUCUCCCUCUUCUCCGUUGGGUUUUCAAAUUCCUCUAUCUGGCCCUCGGAUUUACCGCUUCUAUUGAACUCGCCGGUCGGCUCGUUUUCUCCCAAGGCCUUGCAAGCUCCUUCCGUCCUCGCAAAUACUACACGAUUCCUAAGGAAACCAUCGAGGCUGUUCAGGAGGACGUUGAACAGCUCCUUGACUUCUUCCUUCUGGAGUUCCAGCGCGUCCUGUUUGUCGAAAAUGCUGUUCACACAGUUGCGGCUUUCUCGGCUGCCUUCGUUGCCUACUGGCUGAUCAAGUGGAUUCCAUUCUGGGGUCUUUCCCUGAUCGCCGUGACUAUCAUCUAUUUUGUUCCCCUUUUCUAUAUAAGCAACCACGAGCUUGUGGAUUCCCAGAUCGAGAAUGCCCAGCAGCUCAUCAACUCGCAAGCUCAUCGUCUCAAGGACCUGGCUGGUGAACGCACUGUCCAUGCUACAGGCUUGGUGAAGCAGUACUUUGGUGGUUACAGCGCUAAGGCUCAGGAGUAUAUGGGCCAACGCCGCUCUCCCCCCUCCUAAGGACCCAAUGGAGCCACCACCCUUGUCAAUCUGGCCAUUGGUCCCGCGACUUACGAGACACCGAAACCUUUCCUGGGGCCCCUAUAUGCACAGGAAGAUCUCUACCUUUCUUUCGGAUUUCUUUUUACUCCGUCCAUUUUCCCUCUGGUUUGUAAAUAGUUAUCUUCGCUUUGGUUUUUAUGCCUCUGUUGUUGCAAGAGGGAUUCCCUAUGCCUGUUACGCGAUACAGAGAUAUGACGAACAGCCCCUAUAAUCCUUUUCGAUACCGUCAUAUAUCUUGCUUUUCCGAUUCCAAUGAAAAAGUCUUCUCA